AUGGCGGAGUUCGACAUGAUCAAGAUGAAAGAGACUGAUACGAUUGAUGUAUUUGUUGGUAAACUUUCGGAAAUUUCAUCCAAAUCAGAAGCUCUUGAAGAGAAUAUUGAUGAACCGAAGCUAGUAAAGAAGUUUUUGAAGAGUUUUCCACGCAAAAGAUACAUUCAUAUCAUAGCAGCCCUUGAACAGGUUCUCGAGCUCAACAUUACCACUUUCGAAGAUAUAGUGGGGAGAUUGAAGGCGUAUGAAGAGAGAAUUGGUGAAGAAGAAGAAGAACAACAACAUGAUGACCAGAACAAACUCAUGUACGCCAAUAUGGACUCAAGACAACAUGUUCAAGAAAAUUACCAAGGAAACAGAGGAAGAGGACAAGGUGGUCGUUCAUACUGGAGAGGAGGAAGAGGUCGUGGACGAUUUGGUUAUUAUCAAUCAAACCGUGGUGAAACAGAUGAUUCGAAGGUGAUGUGUUAUAGGUGUGACAAACUAGGGCACUACGCCUCUGACUGUCUUGAUAGAUUGAUGAAGCUUCAAGAAGCUAUUGAGAAGAAGGAAGAUGGUACGCAGGAGGCGGAUAACCUAAUGAUGCAUGAGGUGGUGUAUUUGAACGAAAAGAAGAUAAGACCGAGCAUACUUGAGGCAGACUUGGAUGCAAAGAAUCUUUGGUAUCUUGAAAAUGGUGCUAGCAAUCAUAUGAGCGGUGAUCGAUUCUUCUUCUUUAAUCUAGACGCAACAGUCACGGGGAAAGUAAGAUUCGGUGAUGAUUCAUGUAUCAACAUAGCUGGAAAGGGAUCGAUACGCUUUGUGUUCAAGAACGGUGAGAAGAAGGUGUUGCACAAUGUCUAUUUCAUUCCAGAUUUAAAGAGUAAUAUCAUAAGUCUUGGGCAGGCCACAGAGGCAGGAUGCAAAGUUUGCAUGAAAGACGAGCUCUUAAAUUUUAUGAUCGUACGGGGAAACUACUGGUGA